AUGGCUCCAUCUACGAAGACGGUUUUGAUCCCUAUUGCGCACGGUACGGAGCCUCUAGAAGCAGUGGCCAUGAUCACCACGUUACGUAGAGGUGGUGCUGACGUGACGGUGGCGUCCGUAGAGACUCAAGUUAGCGUUGAUGCUUGUCAUGGUAUCAAGAUGGUCGCUGAUACUCUCCUCUCUGAUAUUACCGAUUCUACUUUCGACCUUAUUGUGCUCCCCGGAGGGCUUCCCGGUGGCGAGACUCUUGAAAACUGUAAACCGUUAGAGAAUAUGGUAAAGAAACAAGACGCAGAUGGACGACUUAACGCAGCUAUAUGUUGUGCUCCUGCGUUGGCUCUUGGUACUUGGGGUCUACUACAAGGCAAGAAAGCAACGGGUUACCCGGUUUUUAUGGAGAAACUUGCGGCUACUUGUGCCACUGCUGUUGAGUCAAGAGUGCAAAUAGAUGGAAGAAUUGUGACCAGUCGUGGACCAGGAACCACUAUAGAAUUCUCCAUCACGCUUGUAGAGCAGUUGUAUGGGAAAGAGAAAGCUGAUGAAGUCUCUAGUAUCUUGUUGGUUCGUCCUAACCCUGGUGAGGAAUAUACUUUUACUGAGCUUAACAAAACAGAGUGGUUAUUUGAGGAUACGCCACAGAUUCUAGUACCCAUUGCAGAGGACUCAGAGGAGACUGAAGCUAUAGCACUUGUUGAUAUCCUGAGGCGGGCAAAAGCAAAUGUCGUGAUUGCUUCAAUUGCUAAGCUAAUAGCAGAUGUGCUUCUUGAUGAGGUUGCAGAGAAGUCGUUUGAUCUGAUUGUGUUGCCUGGCGGUGAUAGUGCUCAAAGAUUCGCAAACUGUGAGAAAUUGGUGGAUAUGUUAAAGAAACAGGCAGAAGCAAACAAACCAUUUGGAGGAAUCUGUAAAUCUCCUGUUUACGUCUUUGAGCCUAAUGGUUUACUCAAGGGUAAGAAGGCAACUACUCACCCAAGGGUGAGUGACAAGCUUUCAGACAAGAGUCACAUUGAGGACAGAGUCGUGGUGGACGGAAACGUCAUAACGAGCAGAGCUCCAGGGACUGCAAUGGAGUUUUCACUUGCGAUUGUGGAGAAGUUUUACGGGCGAGAGAAAGCGCUUCAGCUUGCAAAGGCAACGCUUGUGUGA